AUGCCCCCUGCUAGUAUGUAGUCUGUCAUUAAGAAGUCGAAUCAACAUGCUACGAUGGCUAAAAAUCGCAAGUUGUUUUCAAAUAAAUCUGAGGACUUCUAUUUCUGCAUUGCCUUUAUUGUGAUCGUUGUUGGUAUUGCUGUGGUGAUCACAUAUUCUAUGAAGAAUUCACAGGAAAGAUAUCUAAAAUCUGACUAUUUUCUCUAGAUCAACAAUAUCAUGUAUGGAAUUCAAAAAGAGAACGGAACUGCAAUGCUUAUAAGUUUUAAGCCCAAAUUCUUAAAGAAGGGCAAGACUGCGCUGAUCCAACUUGAUGAUGUGUUUGAUACAGCUAAGAAUCAAUCAAAGGCUCUAAAUAUGUCAUAUGAAUUGCUUAAAUACUCUAAAAAUGAAGCCAUGAUACAACUUAAAUUGUCUAAUUAAACUGAAAACGAUGAAAUUUUCUAUCAGAACUUCGAUAAAUUUUUGAAAUUCUUGAAAAAGUAAAAGAAGAUUUUGAACAUAGAAUACAGACAUUUUAAUUCAACUGUUAACCCCAGGAAUAAAUCAUAGUAUUUAAUUGCUCAAGGGACAAAGUCAAAAGACACUUUAGACUAUAGAAUGAGAUUUCACAGUGGAUGGUAUACUUUCAUGGAAUAGGAACUUAAAAAUGCAACUGCUAAAUUCACUAAACAAGAACAGAAAAUCUAAUAUUAACUUAGCAUUGAGAGCCUGGGCAAGAUGUGUCAAGACUUUUGUGAUAUCUUCGAGGUGUUUACGUAUGACGAAUAUGAAGAGGAUAGAGAAAAUUAAUUAUAGACGAAGUAUUAUUAAGAUCAGAGAAAUCAAAAAUAUGAAGAAAUAGAUCAAAUCUAGACAGAUAUAGGUAGUAGUGAUAUUGAAAAUGACUUUGAAAAUGAUAACGAUGAAAUUAAUCAACAGCAGCAACAGUAACCAUUGCAAGUAAAUACUGAUGAGUUUUGA